AACAGAUCCCACAGACCUGAACACCAUACAAGGGUGAAGCUACAUUUGUGUAAUUAGUCUGCGUUAGAUGUAGGAGUGGACAUUGUGACCUUUGGGUAAUGCUUUUAUUCUGAAGGUUUCCUGUUCCAACUGAAUAAAUACAGCAACAAUCAGCUCACUGACACACAGCUGAAGUUUGGUGGUGGCAUUCUUGGAGGUGUCUCAGAUAUUGGACAUUAUUGUUAAAGGUGCUGAGAGUCAUCUGGAAGCUGAAACCAGUUUAAGCUUUACAGACCAAACAAGCUGACAUGGGCCUGUCACAGUCUGAUGAGACACCAGAGCCUGGGGACUUGAUUGAGAUCUUCCGAGGUGGUUAUCAGCACUGGGCUGUGUAUGUUGGUGAUGGCUACGUUGUUCAUGUGACAUCACCACCAGGCGCUGACGUCCGACGUGCAGCUUCCAACACCUUGACGUCUGUCCCGACGAAGAAGGCCAUGGUGAGGAGAGAGAAGCUGAGGGAGGUGGUGGGAGACAACAAAUGGAGAAUCAACAACAUCCUGGACAAAAAGUACAAGCCCCGCUCACCUGACAUUAUUGUGAAAGAGGCGCUCAGGCAGGUGGAUAAUUUGAUGGAGUACUCCGUUAUCAGCGAGAACUGUGAGCACUUUGCAACCAAGCUGCGCUAUGGAAAACCUGUGUCUCGUCAGGUGCAUGAGGCAGAACAAGCAGCAGCUGCAACAGGUAUUAUUGCAGCAGUGGGCGGUGCUGUUGUGGCUACAGCAGCAAUUGUAGCAAGUCUCAUCAGAAAUUGAUAGACAGGCUGAUAGACAUUUUCCUCCACCUCUCCUCCUGUCAGAAACUUUCCACGUCUUGAUUAAGAUGCCAAGAUUUAAUUUCUUUAUAUUUUUAGAUUUUUUUCUUGUGAUUUUAACUUUUUUCUUUAAAAAAAAAAAAUAUAUGAAUAAGAAAUUCAAAAGGGUGAAAAGCUCCUUGAAUCAAAUCUGAAUGUCUCUGAAGUCCAAAUCGUUCAUUGUUGCCAAUACAUGAUAAGACAAGAAUGUUUUAAACAAUGAAACUGAGCUAAUUAUAUAUCACAGACAUGUCUUAUAAUGUCCCACACACUCUCUUUAUUGUGAGAGCUGCAUGAACUCAGUUUCAUGAUGUCCGAACCACUUCAACCCUUCUGUGCUUGUCUUCUGACAUGUUCCUGCUGAUUGUUUGACAAUUUAGCUGAAUUCUAUAAAGUUCUGUCUUACUCAGACGUUAAAUCAUCUGUUAUUGCUUUGAAUAAAGAAUAAUUUGUGUGAUUCUGGA